CUGGAAGAAGCACACAGAUGUGACUGUAAGUAGAUCUGCCACAGGACGAUACACUAGGAGUAACAGGACCAGGAAGGCGGAGCUUACGACCUAUACUGGGACAGGUCCACUUUUUGGCGGCCAAAAGAGGAAGACUGACCAUCGGGUGUCAAUGGGUCAAGGGAGUUUUGUUUUUUCUUCUUCGCACGACCACUCCGGCACAUUUUCAGGAAGUCUCACACACAGACUGACGUCACGGGGCGAGUGAAAACUUGCGCCAGCGAGCAGUGGCAGCGGAAUAUGUGUACGCACGGUUAACACACAUGUGCACGUCCGCAUGCGACCAUAAAGCUGCUGGUGUCUUUUGCUGCUGCGAGACGGAACCCCGACUGCACACAUUGACGGGGGGGUGGGGGCCAUGUCUCGGCGAGACCAGAGGUUUCGGAGAGGGAUGAAAGGACGGUGCUGCGACUGUGGCUGCAUCCUGUCUCAAUGGUACUACGAAAAAGACGGACAACUCUACUGCAAGAAGCACUACUGGGAACGUUACGGCGAACACUGUCACGGAUGCAGGGAGACGCUUGCCACAGGACUUGUGAUGGUUGCUGGAGAGCAGAAGUACCACCCUGAAUGCUUCACCUGUAUUAGGUGUCAAAUGUUUAUUGGAGAUGGAGACACCUACACACUUGUAGAACGUUCUAAACUUUUCUGUGGCCACUGUUUCUAUCAGGGUGUAGCGACGUCACCUUCAUCACCCAUCAAGAGCCCCCACAUAGUGGCGCUGGUGUCACUUCCCCCACAAACAAGCGGCCACCGCGGUCUGACUGUAGCCACUGAACUCAGCCAAGAGUCUGGCCCUCUUUUUACUGUGAAAGCCUUAGACCCAGAAGUCCUCGGCUCAGACCUGCUGUCCUCCGUCCACAUUGGGGACCGCAUCCUGGAGAUUAACGGCAACUCUGUUUGCAGCGUUAGCCCCAAUGAGGUAAACCGUGUGAUCCAGGACACGAGCAAACCACUACAGCUGACAAUUGAACACAAUCCACAGUCCAAGAAGUCAACAGAAGCGCAGGAAGACAUCGACUGUGUCCAUGAAAAACUAGCUUUGGCAUACACUCUCCCAAAACUGGAGGAGGAGCCAGGAUCAGGUGUGGAGACAUAUGAACCAAUGAGAACGAGUCUACCCUCACCUCUUCACCAAGAAACAAUGGGAAUGCGAUCCAGACACAUCCUGCGGAGCUGUAGUAUUGAAAAGUGUUCCUUGUUGCCCAGAGCACUGACGCUCAUAUCCCAAAAGAAGGACAACAUGGUUCGCUCUGAGUCUCUGCGCACUGACACUGGGGAUCGAACCCAUCGCAUCUUCAGACCAUCAGACCUCAUACAUGGAGAGGUGCUUGGCAGAGGGUUCUUUGGACAGGCUAUCAAGGUGACACAUCAAGAGACAGGAGAGGUGAUGGUGAUGAAAGAGUUGAUAAGUUUCGAUGAAGAGACCCAAAAGACCUUCUUGAAAGAGGUGAAGGUGAUGCGUUGUCUGGACCAUCCUAACGUUCUCAAGUUCAUUGGACUCUUUUACAAAGACAAGCGGCUACAUAUUGUCUCUGAGUUCAUCCAGGGGGGGACGCUGAGAGAGACCAUCAUCAAGAUGGAUAAGAAUUUCUCGUGGAGCCUAAGAGUGAGUUAUGCCAAGGACAUUGCAGCUGGAAUGGCAUAUCUACACUCCAUGAAUGUCAUCCACCGAGAUUUAAACUCACCCAACUGCCUGGUGAAAGAGAAUCAGUCUGUAGUUGUGGCAGAUUUUGGGCUUGCCCGUUUGGUGAUGGAGGAGAAGAACCGGAGCAGAACAUCGUCUCUGGAAUCGUCUCCAAAGGGGGGGAGGUCUGGGCUCCGUAAACCUGACCGUAAAAAGCGCUACACGGUGGUGGGGAAUCCUUACUGGAUGGCCCCCGAGAUGAUCCAUGGACAAAUCUACGAUGAACGAGUGGACGUCUUUUCCUUUGGAAUCAUGAUCUGUGAGAUCAUAGGCAGAGUGAGCGCCGACCCGGACUUUCUUCCACGGAAUAAAGACUUUGGUUUGAAUGUUGCGGCUUUCAUUGAGCAAUACCAACCUGCACAGUGCCCCUUGACCUUCCUGCCACUAGCUGCCCUCUGCUGUGAACUAGAUUCGGAUAAGCGGCCUUCCUUUUCAAAGCUGGAGGAGUGGUUGGAGAACUUACUGAUGCACAUAGACAUCGGACUGCCUCUCCUCUCAGAGUUGGAGCAGCUUUGCAGAACUUUCUGGAGGACCCACAACCAGAACACAGUAUUUGACUGCCCAGGCCAAAACCAUUCUCCACUUCCACAAAGGUCCAGUCUAAUACUAACAUCUCCAGAUAAUGCAAACAAUCAAAAUGGGACACUUUACCAUCCUGAAAGCCAAGAACCAACUAGCACACCUCCGGACCAGGUGGACAGUGGCUACACCCACGUCGACAAAGUACAUCAGGGUGAAAAAGCAGAUGCUAGCCAGAUGUGCUGCUUAUCUACAAACAGCUUGUCAGCGUUGGACACUUGUGAAAAUGACGGACAUGACCCCUCGGAACAAAACCAACUAAAACCUCCACAACCCUUAAAGACCAACAGUCCACCCACAGGACCGACCAGCAGGCCCAGAAGGAUCUGCAAAGUGUUGUGGAACACAACCACAAUGGAUGACUCUUUGCUAUGACUGUUUCAUCUUUAAGGGUCCAAAAAAGGGUCCAAUCUCAGAACUACUGGAAAAGAACUGAACGUCAUAUAAUGUUGAGCACAACCAGCAACUUACGGCCGGUAUUAAUAAAUUGAAGAUGUUAAGCUAAAAGUAUCUGUGGUAUUCAUUGUCAUAACUGCAAAGUACACUACCGUUCAAAAGUUUGGGGUCACCCAAACAAUUUUGUGGAAUAGCCUUCAUUUCCAAGAACAAGAAUAGACUGUUGAGUUUCAGAUGAAAGUUCUCUUUUUCUGGCCAUUUUGAGCGUUUAAUUGACCCCACAAAUGUGAUGCUCCAGAAACUCAAUCUGCUCAAAGGAAGGUCAGUUUUGUAGCUUCUGUAACGAGCUAAACUGUUUUCAGAUGUGUGAACGUGAUUGCACAAGGGUUUUCUAAUCAUCAAUUAGCCUUCUGAGCCAAUGAGCAAACACAUUGUACCAUUAUAACACUGGAGUGAUAGUUGCUGGAAAUGGGCCUCUAUACACCUAUGUAGAUAUUGCACCAAAAAGCAGACAUUUGCAGCUAGAAUAGUCAUUUACCACAUUAGCAAUGUAUAGAGGGUAUUUCUUUAAAGUUAAGAUUAGUUUCAAGUUAUCUUCAUUGAAAAGUACAGUGCUUUUCCUUCAAAAAUAAGGACAUUUCAAUGUGACCCCAAACUUUUGAACGGUAGUGUAUAUUAUAGGUAUGUGUGUAUUUGCCGCUUACUGGAUAUCGUCAGUGGUCACUCAGCGCGUCUCACACGUGAUACCGCAAUCUGAAUAUCGACGGGACCGCUGUAUUCAGUGUUCAACUACGUUUGUGUUGUUUUCAUCAUCACUAUACACCCGGGGUCACCAACCUUUUUGAAAGCAAGAGCUACUUCUUGGGUAGUGAUUAAUGCGAAGGGCUACCAGUUUGAUACACACUUAAAUAAAUUGCCAGAAAUAGCCAAUUUGCUCAAUUUACCUUUAACUCUAUGUUAUUAUUAAUAAAUAAUGAUAUUUAUCUUUGUGGAAACACUGAUCAUCUUAAUGAUUUCUCACAAUAAAUAUAUAUAGAAACAGAUAAAUAUCAAUAUGCAACACUUUGUUUUUAUAUUUUCUCUAAGUGCACAUUUUUCAAAUUGAACAUUUUCAAAUGAUCACUUCUAAGACAGUCUUGUGAAAUCACAAUAUCCCAUUUUAACGAGCUA